CAUAUAUAAAAAAUGGACAAAUCAUGGCCAAAACUUACAAAACGUGGGCAAAACUUGGCCAACAUAUAUAAAAAAUGGACAAAUCAUGGCCAAAACUUACAAAAGGUGGGCAAAACAUGGCCAACAUAUAUAAAAAAUGGACAAAUCAUGGCCAAAACUUACAAAAGGUGGGCAAAACAUGGCCAACAUAUAAAAAAAUAGACGAAUCAUGGCCAAAACUUACAAAACGUGGGCAAAACAUAGCCAAAAUCCUUAGAAAUGAAACGCCUUUAGUUACCGAGUUACGUGAUAUGAGCCAGUAAGCGUUGAGGCGUGAAGAAAAUAUAAAAGAAACAUGAAGCGCGGCAGCGGAUGGCGUCUUUCACAACAUUAUGACGUUUUCAGUGUUUGUAUCACAGGCCGCGCUGUGUUUUAACCGCUACAAGAAGCGUGCAAACUCUUAACAAGCAGUAUGUUCACGAUACGAAGUUACUACAGGGUUGUGGUUUAUUUAGAUUUAGCAGCCACAACAUUUUAUGUACUGUUUAGAUAAUAUUUCACUGGUACGUUUUGCGCGUAUAGUAUGACGUUACCACAAGCAUAUAAUUUAACCGCGAGCAGUCAUGCGCGCUGUAAGAUGAUAUUAUAUCGUGGGAGGUGGCGUUUACCAUUAAGGGAUUUGCUAUUUUGAAAGGAUUCAUUGAAUGGAUACAGGUUAGGCUACAGUAACAACGAAAUUUCGUGCUAGUUUGCCGUUUAAGCAACUGUAUUUAAUUUCGCGAAUCUGGCUCUGGUCUAUUUCUCAUGUCGUAUAGGACGAUUCUCAUAACGAAAUACCAUUCAGGAUCAAGCGCUAAUAAUUCGAAUCAUACAAUAUAUCAAUAAGAGGCUAAUGGUGUCGGUUUAGGGAAAGAAUAUUUCGGAAUACAAAUCAUAGGACUUGAUUUUUGUCGGUUCUGCAUUUUGUAGCAAGUCGUGAAUUGGGUAUUUGUAUCAGAAUGAUAGAAAAGUUUUUACCGGAAUGGAGUAAUACGGGUGCAGUUUUAAUGUUGGUAUGCACAUUGAUAUUUUACUACUGGCACCAAAGACCCAUUCAUUUUCCGCCUGGACCAAGGGGUUUUCCUCUCAUCGGGGUUUUACCCUACCUGGGAAAGUACCCGGAACGAACUAUGCAAAUUUGGAGUCGAAAAUAUGGUCCGGUAAUGUCGGUACGGGUUGGUAGUGAAGACUGGGUGGUAAUGGGGAGUCAAGAAUCCAUUUACCAGAGCUUUGUCAAAGGGGGCAAUGUAUUUUCUGGUCGUCCUUUUGUGAAAGUAGCAAACGAAGUUACUGAAAGUAAAGGACUGGCUAUGAUUGAUUUUAACCCAACGUGGAAAACACAGAGAAAAUUUGGUAACGUCACUCUCAGAGGAUUCGGGGUUGGUAAGAAAAGUUUAGAAGAACGAAUUAUUGAAGAGGUUGAAGCUGUUAAAAUGAAUAUUCUUUCCAAAGAAGGGAAACCAUUUGAUAUUACGGAUAUUUUGAGCAAUGCCAUAAUGAACGUUAUCUGCAACAUUACGGCUGGACAACGGUUUGAAUACGACGAUCAAUUCUUCAUACAAAUUCGACGACAUUUAUGGUUUAUGGAUCCAGACCGAACCGCUGCGUUUUCUGCUAUGGUGUUUGUCCCGUUACUGUGUCACAUUCCACCGUACCGUAAAAAGUACGAGCAGAUAAAGCAAGAUACGAAAGAAAUGAUGGGCCUGUUUCAGCAACUGGUCGACCAGCAAAGGAAAACCUUCGAUAAAAAUAAUCUACGGGAUUUCAUCGACGCUUUUAUUCUGGAGAAUGAAAAUGGGACUGACGAAAGUUUUACGGACCGACAGCUUGUACAUUACGUACGUGAACUCUUCAAAGCUGGUACUGAAACUUCUACGGGAACUCUUAGAUGGGCGAUGUUGUGUCUCAUCCACUAUCCUGGAGCACAGGAGAAAAUCAGGAAAGAAAUAUUUGACGUCUUAGGCAAUAGCACUUUUCCCAGCAUGAGUGAUCGUAACGCGAUGCCAUACACUUCCGCGUUCAUACAAGAAGUGUUUCGGUUUCGAACGUUAGCUCCGUUAGGGGUUCCACACAAGACAACAGACACUGUCAACUUUGCUAACUAUAUUAUUCCAAAAGGAACCACGAUUUUAUCAAACUUAUGGGCAGUGCACAACGAUCCUACUGUAUGGAACAACCCACGUCAAUUUAAACCUGAGCGCCACAUUGACGAUAAAGGAAAAUAUAUUCAAUCGAAUCACGUAAUACCUUUCUCGGUGGGUCCACGUCAUUGCUUGGGAGAACAACUAGCUAGAAUGGAAAUUUUCAUCUUUCUGGUUUCAAUGGUUCAGAAGUUUGAGUUUCUUCCCGAUCCGAACAAAACAGAUCUUCCAGAAUUGGAUGAUGGGGUUAAUGGUGUGGCGUUUGUGCCUUAUCCGUUUAAAUUGGUCGCUAAAGAAAUUUAGCGAAAUUUCUUGUUCUUCAAAUGGCAUAGCAACGAAAAAUCAAAAUUUUUAUUUUUUUGAAGUAUUUUGUUUUUUGAAACUUAGGUGGUAGUUUUUACCACAUUUGAGCAUCUCUACACAUUUACAAAUUUUGGAUUUUCGUUGGUAUACCCCUUUAAGUCGCAUAUUUCCAAAUGCAAUACGUUCUAUUCUAUAUAAGUCUUACUGUCUUUUUCUAUUGCCGUCUUUUGCUGUGAGUCUCAUACAUAUAUACAAGUCGCA